UUUUAUGCAGCAACUGUCCCAGGAGAAGACAGAGACCCUGGCCUCCCUGGAGGACACCAGGAACACCAAUGCAAACUUGCAGAAUGAGAUCGAUUUCCUGAAUUCCGUGAUCGUGGACCUCCAAAGAAAGAAUCAGGACCUCAAGAUGAAAGUGGAGAUGAUAUCCGAGGUGGCUCUCGACGGGAACGGGGACGACUCAACAAUUACGACGACAACUUCGGCCCGGCCACCCCAUUCUCUGCACUGUGCAGCAAUCACCAGCACUUGAAGGAUGACAUAACCAGCUAUUUGUGAAACACCUAGAAUAACCAUUUUACU